GGAAGUCAUAGCCCAGCUCUCGACUACCCUUAGAGCCGCACACUGAGAGCCGGACCCCCGGCCUGGGAGUACUCCACGGUGAGCGGCACCAUGAAGCGUGCGGGGACCCUGCGUCUACUCUCGGACCUGAGCAACUUCAGCGGCGCGGCCAGGCUCCGGGAGUUGCUGGCCCGGGACCCAGCUGUCCGAGUCCGCUACAGCGCGGAUGGCCGCCACCUGCUGCUGUUGCGACCCCCGGGGUCGCCGGCCCCGCAACUGCUGGUUGCGGUGCGUGGACACGGCGCGGAGCUGGAGCGUGCCUGGCCGUGCGGCCAGCCCUCACCGCUAGACGCCUUCUUCCUGCCAUGGCCGGCGCGACCGGCGCUGGUCCUAGUGUGGGAGAGUGGCCUAGCAGAGGUGUGGGGCGCGGGGGUGGGGCCUAGCUGGCGGCUGCUGCAGAGCACUGAGCUGUGUCCUGGAGAUGGAGCCCGUGUGGUGGCCGUCGCGGCGCCCCGAGGUCGCCUGGUGUGGUGCGAGGAGCGUCAGGUGGGUGCUGAGAGCCGGCUUGGGCAGCCUGCAGCAGCUUUCAGCCACUGCGUGUGCCUCCGGACCCUGGAGUCCAGUGGGGAGGCCAGCACCAAUUUGGGCCGCACCCAUGUCUUGCUGCAUCACUGCCCCGCUUUUGGGCUGCUGGCUUCCCGCAAGGACCUCUUCCUGGUGCCCACUGCCACCACCUGGCCGGGUGUGGCCCACAUUCUGCUCAGCUGGAGCCCAGCUAGAGGCAAAAUGAUGGUGGCUGCCCCAUGUCUUGGCCUUUCUUACAGUAAAAGCCUGAAUCCAGGACGAGGGGACACAUGGGACUUCCGGACCCUGCUCCGAAGCCUUCCUGGGUUGUUAUCCCCCAGAGAGCCAUUGGCUGUACACACCUGGACCCCAACUCCCCAGGGCCUGCUCUUGCUUGACUUCAGGGGCACUGUGCACUUAGUGCAGUCCCAUGGUGGUACCCGGGCUGUGGGCACUCUGCAGGAGGCACCUGUAGGCCUUCAAGGACCAGCAGCCCUAGGAACAUUUCAUGGCACUCUGGCAUGUGUGCUGGGCUCUACCUUGGAACUGCUGGACAUGGGCAGUGGACAGCUGCUGGAGAGGAAGGUCCUAAGUACAGACAGAGUAUAUUUGCUGGAACCCCCAGCCCCUGGCAUGGAGGAUGAGGAAGAGCUGGAGACUCGAGGGGGUCUUCGUUUGCUUUCAGCCUUAGGUCUGUUUUGUGUGGGCUGGGAAGCCUCACAGGGUGUUGAGCUGCCUUCAGCCCGGGACCUGGUGUUUGAGGAGGCCUGCGGAUAUUACCAGCGACGGAGCUUGCGAGGUGCCCAGCUCACCCCAGAGGAACUGAGACACAGCAGCACAUUCCGGGCACCUCAAGCUCUAGCAUCCAUCCUCCAGGGCCACCUGCCCCCAUCUACACUGUUGACCACACUGAGGUCUGAGCUUCGCGAUUACCGAGGCUUAGAGCAGCUCAAGGCUCAGCUGGUGGCUGGGGAUGAUGAGGAGGCUGGCUGGACUGAGCUAGCAGAGCAGGAAGUGGAUCGCCUGCUGAGGACCGAGUUGGUGGGAGACCAACUAGCCCAACUCAACACUGUUUUCCAAGCUCUUCCAACAGCAGCCUGGGGUGCCACCCUCAGGACCCUGCAGCUCCAGCCAGAUGGGAAUGGCAAGCUGAGGUCCCAAGCUCCACCAGAGGUGUGGAAGAAGGUGCUAGGGGGUACAACAGCUGGAAAGGAACCUCCCAAUGGGAUGCUGCCUCCCUUUGAACUCUUGUGCCAGUGCCUUUGCCAGUUGGAACCUCGAUGGCUGCCACCCUUUGUGGAGCUAGCGCAGCAGCAAGGUGGGCUGGGCUGGGGCACUGGGAGCCCAGGGCUGCCCCUUUAUCGCCGAGCCCUGGCAGUGCUAGGUGAAGAGGGGGCCAGGCCUGAGGCACUGGAACUAGAGCUGCUCUUGGGCAGUGGGCGACCCAAAGCUGUGCUUCAAGCUGUGGAGCAGCUGGUGCAAAAGGAGCAAUGGGAGCGGGCUCUAGAUGCUGGCCUGGCCUUUGGCCCCUCCAGUCCUCUGCUUCGGAGUGAGAUUUUCAAAUUGCUGCUGGCUGAGUUUGCCCAACAUCGCCGGCUUGAUGCUCACCUCCCCCUCCUUUGCCGCCUGUGUCCUCCAGAACUGGCUCCAGCUGAGAUCCUGCUGUUACUGCGAACAUACCUUCCAGAUGAGGUGGGGCCCCCCACUCCAUUCCCUGAGCCUGGGUCAGAAGCCCCUCUCACUGUGGGCUUGCUCAGAGCCCUGCUGGAGCAGACUGGAGCUCAAGGACGGCCUUCAGGCCCAGUUCUAAGUCUAUAUGAGGACGUGCUAUGGGACCCAGACACUCCACCCCCUGCUCCACCUCGAGACCUUGUAUGACUAUCCUCCAGGUAUCAGACCACUGAAGUAUGGAGGCCUGGGCACAAUCUACACAAGGCCUCUGUGUGACUGACACAAGAAAUCAUUUCUAGGACACAGUGAUCAGGGAAGGGUGCCUAGGAGUUGGAGGGGACCAUGGUGGGAACUGUGUAUACAAUUUCUUGUCUUCUCAAGCAGUCUUUAAGAUCUGUAUAGUGUGAUUAAAUGUAUACGCAAUUUAUUAUAAA